CUGAUUGGCUGGAGCGGCAAAACCAAGCUCCGGGGCUCCGGGGUUCGAAAUUGUCCACCAUCACGAUACCAGCUUCAGCCGUUCUAUCUCGGUCGUGGUCGUCAAUUCCCCUCGCCCAUUGCCGCCAUGGUUGUCAAGAUCCGCCUCGCCCGCUUCGGGCGCCGAAACCAGCCAUUCUACAACAUCGUCAUCGCCCACGCCCGGACGGCGCGCAACUCCCGCCCGCUCGAGGUUAUCGGCACGUACGACCCGAUCCCCAAACCCGAUCCGUAUGACAACUCCGGAAAGCUUCACAAGGAUAUCAAGCUCGACACACAGCGUGCGAGGUACUGGAUUGGUGUUGGUGCACAGCCCACCGACACGGCAUGGCGGUUACUCUCAAUGGUCGGCAUCCUGCCAAAGAAGCAGUUUGGGCCCAAGCAGGACCAACAGAAGGGCACCGUGAAGACAGAGGAGGUCAAGGUUCGUUGA